AAAAAAUACAUUGAAUGUUAGAUCUAUUCUAUAUCUCUUCUGUGAUAGCAUAGUGUUUUGUAAAUAUCGAUUUUAUUCAACCAAGCAUGAUCCAAACGAAAUUCGUGUAUAUUAUUUUAAUUUCUAUAAACGAGAAUAUGUUAUAAGUUUUCUAUAAUUUAAAAGAUAUAGUAAAAAAUGAAUUAAUCUACUUUGAUUUUAAAUUUACCAAUGCAACCAAACAACAUUGGAAAUCUUAAAAAUGUUACGACGAAACAGAUUGAAGAAUAGGAUGAUUGCAAUUGGUUUUCUGGUGCUGGCUGCUGUAAUUUACAAUGAAUUUUCAGUGUAUGAUAUACAAAAGUUAAAAUGGUCGACACGAGAAUGUUCAGAAUGUGUCAAGGUACUAUUUGUUGCCGAUCCUCAGAUAUUAGGAGAAAAAAAUGAAAAUUAUUUUGGUUCUUGGAUAGCACGAUGGGAUAGUGACAAGUAUUUAAAAAAAACAUUUUCCAAAGCAUUAGAUCAUUCUGAUCCUCAUGUUGUUAUAUUUCUGGGAGAUCUCAUGGAUGAAGGUCAUAUUGCCAAUGCAGAUAAUUUUAAAACUUAUAAAAAAAGAUUAGAUUCCAUAUUUGAAAUGCCUAAUCAUAUAAUGAAAAUUUAUCUACCUGGAGACAAUGAUAUUGGGGGAGAAGAAGAUACAAUUUCAUCUAAUAUUCACAAAAGAUUUAAUUUUGCAUAUAGUCAACCAGACACUUUAGUUUAUAAAACAGUAACAUUUUUCAAGGUAAAUAGAUUAACUCAUACAAUACCAGAAGCACCUAAAGAUGCCUUUCUUAAUGAUUAUGCAGAACGAAAUACAACAAAUGUUGUACUUAGUCAUAUGCCUUUAUUGUUUAUGCCUGGUACCUUUGUUCAAAAUGUACUGAAAGAAUUGUCUCCCCAAAUUAUUUUUACUGCACAUGAGCAUAAGGCUAUGCGUAUCAGUUUAGAUACAGCAACAGAUCAAUUAAGUGAGAUAUGGAUUUUACCUCCCUAUGAAACACCAUUAUAUCAAUUAAGAAUGGAUGUAGGUGAUAUUCACGAAUUACAAAUACCCACUUGUUCAUAUAGAAUGGGUACUCCUCAUACGGGUUAUGGACUUGCUUAUAUUGAUACACAAGAAAAAAUAGUAGAAUUUACAAUUUUAUGGCUCCCUGGAAGAUUUCCUCAACUAUGGAUUUAUAUUUUUGUUGGAAUAUUUAUUUUAGCCUUUAGUAUUUGCAUGUGUAUUUCCAAUUAUUGUACAAAGAGCCAUGUAUAUAAUCGUAUGUCUUCGAUAUAACAGCGUAUAAUCAAAAAUAUUAUUCAAAUACUUCAUAAAAUCUGAAAUAUAAUUUGACAUCAAAUGAGAUAAAGAUCCGUCCAAUGUAA